GAAGAAGCGUGGUGUGUAUGUGUGUGCGUGCGUGCGUGCUGGAGCGGCGACCAUGCAGGAGGAGUCUGGAGAGACAGUAUGCAGUGAAAGGAAUGGGGAGGCAGAGUGGUUGUGCCCUCUGUGCCAAAAAGGCCAACCAGACCGAUCUUCCUUGUCGCUUCAUCUCACCGAGCAGCACAGCGUUCUUCCAUCGUGUGUCGACAGACUGCUGGACAUCGCCGUUCUGAAACAGGCCGCCAGCGCUGCAGCAGAGGAUAAAGGCGCCCCCAAACCGACAGACGCUGAUUCUUCACAAUCGAAGCACGCAGAAGACAUCAGCGCCGAGCCCUGCCAAUCUAGCGAGAGUGCAGACGCUACCCAGACGCUCGGAGACAAAGAGAUGGAGGAAGAGAGAAUAAUGGAACAGGAGGGAGGUGAAGCUGAGCCGGAGCCAGAAGAGGAGGGAAAUCCACUGGCAGGAGCCAAACAGCAAAAUGCAACUGAAAACACAGAAAUCCCAGACGCUGGUGAGAAGUCAGUUGGUAAAAACGGCGUGCCGGCUGAAAAUAACACCCGGUCCUUCAAAUGCAACGCCUGCCUGGAAAGUUUUCCCAACAGAACUGCCUUGAGUGUUCAUUACAACUCUGCAUCUCACAUUCAGAGGAUGACUACAGGCGCUGCAAAGCAGAGUGUAGAAAGUAAUCCCCCAAAUUCCUCGGUUCCAGUCCUGACUCGGCCGUAUAUAUCAAACAAGCCCUACCAGUGUGCGAUAUGUCGAGUCUCUUACAAUCACGCCAUCACCCUCGAGAGCCAUAUGAAAUCUGUCUUGCACCAGACUCGAAGCAGAAAUGCUGGAUUAGCAGCAAACAACACAGCGGCAUCGUCUAGUCUGAGAGGUAGCGCCGCCGGUGCGUCCAACCCUGCGGUGACCACGUCUGGAAGCGGAACCAGUCAGCUGGUCACCUCCACUAACUCUGCCGCUCCGGGGACUCUGGUGGUGAGUGCUGCACAGGAAGGAGAGCAGAUCUCAACGUCACAAGUGGCCCCCUCCCUCCUCACCUCCCCCGUGGCGUCCACUCAGGCAGUCUCGGCCAUUCUCACCCUGCUCACAUCGAGUCCCAACGCCCUCUCGCACUCUCUCCUGCCCUCCCUGUUCGCGGCCGGCGCCGCUCCCGGUGCCGCUGCGCCCCAGCUUGUGCCUCAGCCUCAAAUGGUCAUGCCCUUGAUCUUAAAUGGGCUGCAAGCCCAAACACAGCAGCACCAAGAGAACCAGCAAGGCCAGCUCCUCACCCAGUGUGUGCCAUUCGUAGGUCUCAGCACAGCCCAGCAAGCCCUCCUAACCCAAAGACUAAACAGUUUGCAGAGUCAGUGGCCCUCCGCAGGAGUUCAAACAAAUACACAAGCCUGUGUAGAGGAGCAAAAGCAAACUGUAACAACUGAGGCAGAGCAAGACAAAAAGCAGAGCGACGUGACAGUUGAAGAGAAAGCCUCAGAUCAGCUCAAAGAUGGACAGAACCUGACUACAGAAACUGAUCAAGAGGAGAAACCUAGGGAGCAGAACAGUAAAAACAUUGCACAGUGCUCCAGUAUAGAAAGCAAAGGGAAGAUUGAGAAUAACGGAGACAAUGGGAAGGCACAUGGAGAUAGCACAACAGAUGGAGACAGUGCAACUAAUCAGUUGGACCUGGAAGGUGAUAAAGUAGCAAGCCUGAAUCUUUCCCCAGUGGGCACAGAGAAGAGCCUCGGCAAUAACAACCUAUCGCCUUCUGCAUCUGUGCCCAGCAACUCCAGUCUCAGUCCUGUAAAUCUAAACUUAACACUCAGCCCCGAUUCAACUCCUCAGAAGUCACAGUCGGGCACGAGCCCCAGUGGCUCCUUGGGCACCCCGAAAACCAGCCAGAGUACUAAUGCCUUAACUAACAACCAAGCCCGUCUCAAUUAUAACACAUCCAUAUAUCCAGACCUUCCUGUGCUUUCAGAGUUCCAGUCAGAGGUUCUCUGGGCCUUCUUCGAAUCGCGCAGUGAGGCUGACGCUGCAAGUCCUCCCCAUGAGGACUGCGAGGCGCUCGGCAGAGAGGUCGGUCUGUCUGAAGAGGAAGUACGGAGGUGGCUGACUCAAGCAUGCCUCGCCAAACAGAGAUGGAGGGCGACAGAGUCGGAACACCUGGCUGGGUUUACAAAGCACGGCCAUGGCUCCGAUGUCGACUACGAUGAUGAGGAAAGCUCACUGGUUAUAGCCGAAGGAGACGACUAUGCUGAAGCUUCAAGUAGCCAAGCAAUGGAUUUGUCUCAGACGAGAGGCAAACGCAAGCUAAGAGAUUUAGGCAGGGAGAGUCGAGGAGAGUCCUGUCUCACCUCCGACUCGGAAAAUGAGGUCUACACCUCUGUGAUUGUUUCCGAUGAGGAAAGCCACAACGGUUCCUUCAAAGAAUGCCCUGAAAGCCCCACGAAAGACAACACUCAGCGGGAGGUCUACAGUGACAGGGGAUCGGUCGGAGGGAAGGUUUUACGCUCUACAACUGUGUUCCUUUCUGAUGCAGAGGAUGAAUAUGAGGAAGAGGAGGGGUCAGGGGGACAGAGGGCCAAGAGGAAAAAAAGGGGGGAGUUUGAACGUGAUGAAGUGGAGGUGAAAAAGGAGAGGCAGGACCCUGAUGUGGAUCUGGAGUUGGAAGCCCAAGGGGAUCCUCCGUAUUCACAGUCCCACAUCAUGGACCACCCAGAGAUCCCAGCCAGUGCUCUUCACUCAUCCCCUUGUCCCUCACUCCCUUCUCAGCACAGUUUCUCAGCCCUUAUGUUGUCUCUCUGGCGCCACCGAUAA